GGGGGGGGGCGGAGUGAGGUCUGAAUCGCUGCUGUGAGUCUUCCCGGAGCUGCCUGGACAGGGCUGGAGUGCUGACCAUGCUAACAGCUCGAUGUGAUUUCACGGCGCCCGCGGGCGGACGCGGCGGAAGAGGAGGCCGGGUAAUGGCCGCGGUGUGGCAGCAGGUCUUAGCAGUAGACGCGAGGUACAACGCGUACCGCACACCAACGUUCCCACAGUUUCGGACACAGUAUAUCCGGCGGCGCAGCCAGCUACUGCGGGAGAAUGCCAAGGCUGGGCACCCCCCAGCACUGCGGCGGCAGUACCUGAGGCUGCGUGGGCAGCUAUUGGGCCAGCGCUACGGGCCCCUCUCGGAGCCAGGCAGUGCUCGUGCCUAUAGCAACAGCAUCGUCCGCAGCAGCCGCACUACCCUCGACCGCAUGGAGGACUUCGAGGAUGAUCCUCGGGCCCUGGGGGCCCGUGGACACCGCCGUUCCGUCAGCCGAGGUUCCUACCAGCUGCAGGCACAGAUGAAUCGUGCCGUCUAUGAGGACAGGCCCCCUGGCAGUGUGGUCCCCACAUCAGCAGCAGAAGCAAGUCGAGCCAUGGCUGGGGACACAUCGCUGAGUGAGAACUACGCCUUUGCGGGCAUGUACCAUGUUUUUGACCAGCACGUGGACGAGGCAGUGCCAAGGGUGCGCUUCGCCAAUGACGACCGGCACCGCCUGGCCUGCUGUUCACUCGAUGGCAGCAUCUCCCUGUGUCAGCUGGUGCCCGCUCCACCCACCGUGCUCCGUGUGCUGCGGGGCCACACCCGCGGUGUCUCCGAUUUUGCCUGGUCCCUCUCCAAUGACAUCCUCGUGUCCACCUCACUCGAUGCUACCAUGCGCAUCUGGGCCUCUGACGACGGCCGCUGCAUCCGGGAGAUCCCUGACCCCGAUGGCGCUGAACUCCUCUGCUGCACCUUCCAGCCGGUCAACAACAACCUCACUGUGGUGGGGAACGCCAAGCAAAACCUGCAUGUCGUCAACAUCUCCACGGGCAAGAAGGUGAAGGGCGGUUCCAGCAAACUGACGGGCCGUGUCCUGGCCCUGUCCUUUGAUGCCCCUGGCCGGCUGCUCUGGGCAGGAGAUGACCGAGGCAGUGUUUUCUCCUUCCUCUUCGACAUGGCCACAGGGAAGCUGACCAAAGCCAAGCGCCUGGUGGUGCAUGAGGGCAGCCCUGUGACGAGCAUCUCUGCCCGCUCCUGGGUCAGCCGCGAGGCCCGGGACCCCUCGCUGCUCAUAAAUGCUUGCCUCAACAAGCUGCUGCUCUACAGGGUGGUGGACAACGAGGGGACCCUGCAGCUGAAGAGGAGCUUCCCCAUUGAGCAGAGCUCGCACCCCGUGCGCAGCAUCUUCUGCCCCCUCAUGUCCUUCCGCCAGGGCGCCUGCGUGGUGACAGGCAGCGAGGAUAUGUGUGUGCACUUCUUCGACGUGGAGCGGGCAGCCAAGGCUGCAGUGAACAAGCUGCAGGGCCACAGCGCCCCUGUGCUGGACGUCAGCUUCAACUGCGACGAGAGCCUGCUGGCUUCGAGUGACGCCAGCGGCAUGGUCAUCGUCUGGCGGCGGGAGCAGAAGUAGGAGCCUCCUGGCCCUGCCAUGCCCACCUUUCCACCCAGCCCAUGCUCCAGCCUUGUGUUUGUAAAUAAAGUUCCUGUGUUCAUGCCCA